AAGGAAGCUGGUCAACAUCUGCGAUCCAUUUCUGCAGUUACUGCCUCUUCACACGCCCCAAAGUGCCCCCACACUGGCCGUUUACCGUUGAUGAGGUUUCAGGCUCCGGUCCGCCGCCGUAGCAGCGCUCCACAGUGCCGCCAACAUUAUAACACUCUGCUACCUGAGACCCCCGUCAGGAUGGAGCGGUGGUCAGGUCGUGUGGCCCUGGUGACUGGUGCCAGCAUGGGGAUCGGUGCCAGCGUGGCCAGGAGGCUGGUGGCUGAGGGCAUGAAGGUGGUGGGAGCAGCUCGUAGCAUUGACAAACUACAGGCCUUGGCAGCUGAAUGCAAGGGUCAGCGAGGCACGCUGAUCCCUAUCAAGUGUGACCUCACCAAGGACGAGGAGGUGCUGGCCAUGUUCGCCAAGAUCAAGAAGGACCUCGGAGGCGUGGACGUGUGUAUCAACAAUGCAGGAUUCACCCACAACAAGUCCCUGCUGGAGGGAAGCCCCAAGGAGUGGCGUGAGAUGAUGGAUCUCAACGUUGUGGCUCUGUGCUUAUGUACGCGCGAGAGUAUUGCUUCCAUGCGAGAACGCGGCGUUGACGAUGGGCACAUCAUCCACAUCAGCAGCAUUGCCGGACACCGUGUCAACCCCAAUAAAGCUAUUCACUUCUACGCCGCCACCAAGUUCGCCGUCACAGCACUCACUGAGGGAUUGAGGCAGGAGCUGAGGGAAGCUAACUCCAACAUCAGAAUAUCGGCCAUCAGUCCCGGUGUGGUGGAGACUGAGUUUGUAAUGAAUGCCCGCUUGGCAAAGGAUGCAAAUGCAGCCAAGAAGCUCUACAAGGAGCGCGGGAGCAUGAGUGCGGAUGACGUCACCGCCACUCUUGUCCACAUUCUCGGUGCCCUCCCCAUGUUCAGUGACAGGUUAGAUUAG